CAAAGCCUGGGUCCAGGCAGUUAGGGAGAAGUAUCCAACACCGCCCUGGGGUUGACAGCCGAAGCAUCAGUGGCUCCAGCUCCAACUUCCUGAAAUCCACGACGAGUAGCACUGGGGCCCGGUGUCACUGGUGUCCCCGAGCAACCCAAUGUCCCCUGCGGUCUUGCCAAGUGAUCGAGAGAUCAGAUCUAAUCUCACACCAACAUCCUUCCCCGGCCUUACUUCUGCCUCCAAAUUUUGCAGCAGUGCGACAGACUAGCAAAAACUAGGCCACAUACAAGCAAAAAGUCUGUACAGAAAGGCAGGCCAGAAAGGGUUAUGCUGAACAAGCUAACCAUAGGCUCCGCUAUAAACCAAGUAAAGGAAAUAGGAAAGUAAGAAAUCCACAAAGAGGGAAGAGCAGCUUGCAUACAGCCAUGUCAAUAGCCAAAGGAAAAGAUGAUCAGAACUCAUGGUGGGACAUUCAUCCUUGAUUCAGAUAUGAACACAGUAUAAUUUCAUGUCUACUUGAUGGAACUACUUUUCUACACGGAAAAAUAAAAGGUGACUUCUGAAGUAUGUCCACCGACAAUAGUUCCACCUGCAAUCCGAUCCUGACACCCCAUUUAACCAGGCUCUACAGUGCAGUGCUGGUCGGGGGGCUGGUGGGCAUCAUCUCCAUCCUGUUCCUGCUGGUGAAAAUGAACACCCGGUCUGUGACCACGACGGCCGUCGUCAACCUGGUGGUGGUGCACAGCGUGUUUCUGCUGACGGUGCCUUUUCGCUUGACCUACCUCGUGAGGCAAGAGUGGUCGCUAGGCUUGCCUUUCUGUAAGUUCGUGAGCGCCAUGUUGCACAUCCACAUGUACCUCACCUUCCUGUUCUACGUGGUGAUCCUGGUCAUCAGGUACCUCAUCUUCUUCAAGCGCAAGGACAAAGUGGAGUUCUACAGGAAGCUGCACGCGGUGGCUGCCAGCACGGGCAUGUGGCUGCUGGUGGUGGUCAUCGUCGUGCCCCUCGUCGUUUCUCAGUAUGGGAACAAGGGGGUGUACGAGGAGAAGCACUGCUUCAGGUUCCACAAAGAGCUGGCCCAUUCCUACGCGCAGGCGGUCAACUAUCUGAUCGUCACCAUUGUCAUCGCCAUCGCAGUGGUCCUCUUGGUCCUCCAGGUCUUCAUCACCAUGUCCAUGGUGCGCAAGAUACGCCACUCCUUACUGUCCCACCAGGAGUUCUGGGCCCAGCUGAAAAACCUGUUCUUCAUCGGGGUCAUCUUCAUCUGCUUCCUCCCCUACCAGUUCUUUAGGAUCUAUUACUUGUACACGGUGGCACACUCCAGUGACUGCAACGAGAACAUCGCGUUUUAUAAUGAAAUCUUCUUGAGCGUCACAGCGAUCAGCUGCUUUGAUUUGCUGCUCUUUGUUCUUGGGGGGAGCCACUGGUUUAAGCAAAAGGUAAUCGACCUAUGGAACUGUCUUUUGUGCCGUUAGCCACAAAAUACAGCAUUCAGAUUUACGUCCUGUAUAUUGGGAGUGAAGAUGGGUACCAGGAGGUAAGGAUGCUCUUUCAUUACUUGAUGAAAGCCAUGCCUUGAUGCAGCCACACAAAAGGACGAUACGAGGUCAGAGCAUUCCUCCAGUCCUUGUGUAAUCCCUGCCAUGUAUGACCCAUACAAAGACGAGUAAUGUUCAGUCCACCUGGAGCUACAAUGCUGCAUUACUUCCCAAUACAAGGGGUCUACUUGGCCCAUCCAAACACGAUGGGUCUAAUGGUUUCUGAAUUUUUUGAGCUUAUUUUAGUUCCCUCAGUUUGAACACAUGGUCUUUCCUUAAGCUUUAGACUGGACUCAGCCUUGUAGUUCUUUUCAUUCCAUUUAAAACCUUAGGUAAAUUAAUUCUGGCUGUGAUUCAGCUCCGAAGCCACAAAUGCUACUUUGCUAACCAGGUAAGAUGUCCACUCAACUCACAUCCUGACAAAAAACAGUAAGAAACUUUUCUAGGUUAUCAUAACUUUGGUAGGAAGUCACUUAUGAAGAAAUCAAGAGAAACAGAGUUCCUUCUGACCUACUGCUAUAAGGAGGCGAUCUAGAUGUAUCCUUUGAAAGGUCAAAUUUAAGGACUUGGAUCCACUCCCUCGAUAUCUCCAAAAUCAUUACAGAAGUUACCGAACAUAUCUAAAUUACGCUGAAAGCGUUACAGAAUAUUCCUGACCAAUAUGCUGCUAGGCAUUAGAAUGAGUUCCCAAGGGAAGUGAUUAAAAUUUCUUCCUUUUCUAUUUUUGAAGACUUUCUUGGUCAACAGGCAAUUUAGAUUUUCCUUGAAGACAGAAAGUUAAACUGUAAUCUUUAGAGUUCCCUUCAACCCUUAAAGCGAUGUGUCUUUAAAUAAAUGAAAAGGAUGUUCUUUAAAAUAGAACUUUUGAGAAAUAUGUAGAAAAAUCAUUAUAUUAUGAGAUUAGGCUGCUUAAUUGAUACAUAGGCUCAUAGGUUUUCUUCCCUGCUGCCCAUAUUUCUACUAUUUCCCUCAAAGUUUCAUAUUCUCGAGACUUUCCAAGGAACCGAUCCAGUUUCAUAUUUAAUGCUUCAGAAAACCUGAAGCAAUUCAUGGUACAGAUAGAACUGAAUGAAUUAAGGCAAUUUAUUUUCCGGCAAGGUUCAAGAUUUAAAGAUUUUUCUUAAUUUGUUAUAUGAUAUGAAUUCACAAAUUCAUCAGAUAAAUAAGAAAUACCCCUGUGAGUUUCUAUGAUUACUGAAAUUACUGAGUCAUAAAAAUUAAUUUUGAGGAAGAAAAAGCAACAACAUACUGCAUAUGGCUUGCUCCCAAAUUUUUUCCUGUUUUAAAUUUUCUUUUCUAUAUCCUUUGUUCUUUUUUAAAUGAUAUUUUUUACUUCUUAUUUGUCUUCUUUUUCCAUUUUUUCUUAGUUCUUUUUUCUCACUUUGGCCCAUAACAUUUGUAAGAAAAUGUCUAAGACCCAUAAAAAUUUUAUGAAAAUUUGUAACACUCAUAAAAUUUAUAAGACAAUAAU